AUGAUACAUUUGAUCUACCUUAUGAUCCUUGGUGCGUCCCACUCGGUGUGCGACCGCGGGACGUUGGAGAAAAUUGGAGAGAUAUCGGAGGAGACCCAGUUUACAGCAACGAUGGUGGACGGUACGAAGCUUCCCAUCCACGACGAGUCAACACUGCAGCUGCAGAUAGGGGCGUUGAGGUGGAAGCCGACGUUGUCGAUCACGAACAUCAAGGGAUUAUAUUUCAUCUUGGGGCGUGAUUUUCUGAAGCGGUUCAACCCAGAGAUAGACUGGGUUAAUCGGAAGGCGUGUAUCUACAACAACGGGAAACGUGUGGAGCUGCGAAGCUGGACGGAUACAGGGGAUGUUCCUGAAACGACACUGGCGCGGUUCGAACGGACGGUGAACGAAAGUAACACGGGUUACUUAGCACUGGUUAUGGCAGCAGCAGAGGAGGAGAAGCCGAACUCGGAGCUACCUGCAGCAGUAAAGGAGGUGUUGGAGCAGUACAAAGACAUCAUGCCGGAUGACCUGCCUGCAGGAGUACCUCCAGCGCGCACCCACGAGCACGAGAUCGUGGAAGAACCAGGUGCAAAACCCGUCUCACACGAUCUUCUAGACCAACUGCGUGGUGCGACGGUGUUUUCGAAGCUGGACCUAUGGUCGGGUUACUGGCAGAUCAAGAUGGCAGACAACUCGAUCCACAAGACGGCGUUCCGUACCAGAUAUGGCUCCUACGAAUACUUAGUGAUGCCGUUCGGACUCUGCAACGCACCAGCGACGUUCCAGGCGGAGAUGAAUCAUAUCCUACGGCCCCUGCUGGACGAAUGCGUGGUCUACUCCAAGACCAUGAAGAAGCACGAGGAGGAUCUGCGGAAAGUCUUCGAGAUCCUGCGGGAGAACAAGUUAUACUUGAAGCUGUCGAAAAGCGACUUCGCCCUGAAAAAGGUGCAGUUUCUCGGGCACAUGGUGAGUGCGGAGGGCGUACACGUGGACCCGCGGAAGAUCGAAGCCGUCAAGAAGUGGAAAGUUCCAGAGUACGUGAAGGAGUUGCAGCAGUUCCUAGGCUUCGCCAACUACUACAAUAGGUUCACGCCGCAGUACGCUAAGAUAGCAGCGCCACUGACCAACUAA